UCUUCCCGCCCCUUCACACUGUCCUCUCUCCUCCGGAGCACAGAGCCGCACAGAGACCCGACUGUGGCACGCUGCAGGUCUGCGUCCGUGUGCUUUUCUCUCUCUCGCUCUCUGGUGUUUGGCUCUUCCAGGAAGCAAACGGCUCACUGAGCACCCAUUGCGAGGUUUCCCCCCCUUCUAUUUCUUUUACACCGCUUUUUCACAUGCCGCCGUUACAGCGCUGGGGGUAGGGGACGCACUGUGACCGACCAAGCAGCGAUGAAUAUGGCGUUUAUUGGGGACGCGGACCCCUUCACCGCUUCGAUACCUGCCACCAAAGUUGAACUGACGGUCUCGUGCAGGAACCUGCUGGAUAGAGACACGUUCUCCAAGUCAGAUCCAAUUUGUGUCCUGUACACUCAAGGAAUAGCCAACAAGGAAUGGAGAGAGUUUGGUAGGACAGAAGUCAUCGACAACACCCUCAACCCCGACUUUGUCCGCAAGUUCAUCCUUGACUAUUUCUUCGAGGAGAGACAGAAUCUACGCUUUGACCUGUAUGAUUUAGACUGCAAGAGUGACAACCUCUCCAGACAUGACUUCCUGGGCCAGGCCUUCUGCACACUGGGUGAAAUUGUCGGCUCCCUGGGAAGCCGCUUAGAAAAACCUUUGACGUAAGUGGCACACACCACACAAUGCACGCACAAUGACCAACAGUCAGCACACUCUUGGAAUAUGAUUUUUGCCAUUUUAAAGUGAUGGGCAAAAAUAUUUGUAUUACAUUACUCUAAUCUGGGAGUCAAUGGGUAGCUCAAAGAAGCUGUUAAAAUUUUAGAU